AUGUUCGCUGCUAUCGGUAUUCUUCUGCAACUACUUGUAUAUAGCUCCUACGCAAUAAAUGGUCCAAUCUGCAACUAUAAAAUGUUUCCUGUAUUUACUGGAGGAGAUAAAGAUGAAUUCGUCAAUGGCGUAGAAGUUGAUAAAAUUACCAAGUACAUCUUCACAGCAGGAAAAUCUUAGUCUGGGAACUUCUGUCCUGCUGAGAAUGAUCACGGAUUUAUAUAUGCUCUUGAUGUGAAUGGUAACUGGAUGUGGGGAAAUUUCUUCUACAAUGUUUCUUAUGCGGUAUAAGAAGUAACUGGAAUACAAAUGUCAUCUAAUGGAACUUAUUUGAUGGCACUUGGAAACGCGAAUUCAAAACCAAUCGUGAUGACUUUAAGCAAGACAGAUGGCUCAAUAAAACAAUUCCUAACAAUCGACCCAAUUCCAGCAUAAACUGAAACACCAACGUACUAUCUAUAUAGUGGCAUCUACUUAGAUGAGAGGGACUCCUAGGAUGGAUAGACUUACUUAUACCUUACUUUUUCCAUGAACUUAGCUUAUACAAUCAAUAUCAUUAGGAUUCUGAAUAACAAUCUUGGGGAGAAGCUAAAAAUAGACUGGCACAUGCAUUACAACAAGCCGGUUGGAGCCCCGCCUGCAUUUGGUAACUAGCCAAGAUAUUUAUUCAAUGAUAAUGAUGAUGACAAAAAUUUUUACAUCGUAGGGUAAUAUAACCUGAUGGGCUCAGUCAUCAAAUUUUCGAAAGGAAAUGCCAACAUUAAAUAUAGGUUAAGCUUUAUGCGUGGAAGUAUAACUGGACUAGGUACCUUUGGUUUAACUGAUAUAACUACUUAUGCAUAAGCUUAAUCUGGCUAGAUUUAUGGAUGUGGAGAGAACUAAAUAGACUUAGUCAGUGGCAUUUUUAGAAUAGACUAGCUGGGAAAAGUCAAAUAUCUGACUCUUUUUUCCAUUUCCGGCUAGAGAAUUCCCUGUCAUGGUCUGACAUAUGAUGAUGAAAAAGCAACAUCUACCAUACUUAUUUCAACUGCCUAGAAUGCAUUCAAGAGUACUUUAUUCCAGGAUGAUACAGUCACAGAUGCCAUGCUUUACUAGUUUUCUGAUUUAGGUUAUCUUACCAAGGCUAAGCAUAUUACUUUUGCUAAAUCAGAUAACAAGAUUUCAACUAAUUUAAGAUUCUCAGCUCUAUAAAAGAUUGAUAAUUACUACAUAUGGGCUGGAACUGCAGCUGGCUACACUACUGAGUUCAAUUAAGCAACUUUUGCAAAUUCAAAAACAAAUCCUUUCACAAUGAGAUACCUAGAUGAUACCAAUAUCACUAUGAAAUGCAUUAGAGAUUAGGACAUUAAAAUAACAUCUUCCCUCUUAAGCUACUAGGAAUCAUCGCUUUACACACAAUACUUGUCUUCUUUGCCAAUUACAGCAGACGGAAUAUACAAACUAAUGAAUAAAUUCGUAGCAAUUUACAAGUCUCCAUAUUCAGGAGGAUUUCCUCUCUAGGUUUCAAUGUUAAUCCCAAGACCUUGCUCAUCAAACUCAGCCAACAUUACUCAGACGAAUUAUUUCUAUGGGCAGAAAGCCAAGCAGUAUGACUUAUUUAAGUCUGGAGUAAUUGCCCUACAAUAGAAAAUGAGUCCAGAAUUUGAGUUUGUGUUUUAAAAUGGAACAGAUUCCAAGAAAUUUGCAAAUCUAGGAAUCAACACUCCUGCUAACAAAUCGAUUGUAUAUGUUCAGACGAAUGAUGAUAGAUUGGUUGGAACUUAAAAAAUGGUACUCAGAGGUUGUGAUGAGCUAAACAAUCUUCAUGAAAUCAACUACUUCAUUAAUGUUUCUACUAACUCCGCUCCAGAAUUCUUGGUAGAUAUUCAGACUGUAUGGAGUCUUAGCUAUAAUGAUAAUAUUACAUACAAACUACCAGAUUUUCAGGAUCCAGAGGACAACGACUAAGGUGAAAUUUACAUUAACUCAAUGGAAAAUCAGGAAUUUCCUAAGUUUGUGAAAUAUGUUAAUGCAACUAAGUCAAUAAUUUUUAACCCCAAUAGCAAGAUAUACAGUGGUAGAACCUAUUAUUUCUCAGUUGUGCUGAAAGAAAAGAAUUCUGACUAUAUGAUGAACACUUAUUAUUUGACAAUAAAGAUGAAUGGAGAUGUUAUUGAUGAAGGCUAGGAAAUGGAUAAUGCCACUAAGAUCCAAAUGACUAUUCCAUAUUUAAACUAAAACUCUGAGGGUACUUUCAUGUUUUCUCAUCCAGUCAAUAUGAAGUUUAUCUAGAAUAACUUCAACAAGACUUUCAAGGUUUAUGCUAAUAAUACUGAGAAAUAAAGAGAAGAACUAAGAGGUUUACAAAUUGAAUGGAUAGAAGGCAGUAACACCACUUUUAACUUCACGGCUAGAUUCUAAGAACCAUAUUUGCUAGGACUUCUUAGCAAAAGAGAUGACUUACUGAUAUUUGAGUGUCUAAAUCAAUCUCUAAUUGUCAUUAACCCUUAGGAUGAGAUAUUAGCUAGUACAGUUGCUAGCAAGAGAAUUGAGAUGCAAUUCGAUUUUAGAGAUGAAAAGAUGCAGUUCAUGAGAAGCACUUCCCUUGCACUCUAUUAUAUCAUGAUUGCCAUAAUAGCGAUACAAUUCUUUCUUUUGCUUUUCAAGAACGUUGGAUUUCUUCCACUCUGGACUUUGAUUGAGUAUAUGCAGCUGAUUGCUUUUAUGCCUAUCUACAACUUCAAACUCAUUCCUUACUUAUAUGACUUAUUCAAGCCAUUCCUUAUUUCGCACCUGAUCUUAUUUGAUAAUUCCAAGAUUUACGAAGAAUUAAAUAAUGACUAUUUUAACAUCAACUACGAGUACUAUGAUCUGCCAGUCAGUAAACUUAUCUAAUCACUUACAAAUAUCUGUAUCUUGGUAAUGAUUUUAGUUGCUGCUAACAUAGUUAUAUUUGCUAUGUCUAAAUCUCUAAAGGCUAGCUCGUAUGGGAUAUUCUUGCUAAGCAGGCUAUCACAGUUUAGAUAUAACACUUAUCUUAGACUCUUCAUGCUGGCAUAUUUUGAUCUCACAUUCUUUUCUUUGAUGAAAAUUAUUGAAGUUAACAACACAACAACAAUGAGAUAAGUUGCGUUGUUCAUUUCUUAUGCUUUCUUUGUAAUCUCAAUCGUUGCUCCAGUAUUCAUAGUUGCGUUUUUACUUAGAAGGUUUUCAGUCUUAUCAGAGACAGCAGGCAAAGCAAGGUUCAACAGUCUAAUCUUGAAAAUAGAUAAGGCUUCCAGAUGGAGAGUAGUAAACAUCGCAUUUUUCUUUGGUAGACGACUUAUCACAGCGAUGCUUUUGACUCUUCCCAUUGACAGUGAAUACAUAUUCCUCUAGUAUAUUUUUAUUCUGACAACCUCGCACUCUUAUAUCUUAUACUUGGUAGCUGCUAAGCCUUACUAGACUCCACUCAUGAAUGGCUAUAUUCUGGCUAAUGAAACUUUCUACUCAGCUCUAAUCAUUUUGAUAUUUAUAUUCUCUGAUGCCACUCCUUAAAUACACAUUAAAGUUUAUGCAGGUGUUGCACUCAUAGUCUCCAUAUUCUUACUAGUUCUAGCCAAUCUUCUUUUCAUUGCUUAUAAUGUCUGGAGAGGUAAGCAAAGACUGAAGGAUGACAUUUAAAAAGCAAAGCAAGACAGAAUAGACGAAGAGGAAAAAGAACGAAAAGAGGAGGAAGAGAGAAAAGCUAAAAAGAAAAAGGAAGAGGAGGAAUUCUCAAAAAUGCCCGACGAGUCAAGCAAUAAUAUGAGUUAGAAUAUUGAUGUAAAUACUACUAGCUAGUUAUAAAAUGGAAACACCACUGUCUCAGAGUUGAUUCUCAACAAAAAGAAAACUAAAAUCGAACCUAAGAAAAUAGAAGACGCGAUAGUUGAAAAUGAUAUAUCAUAGCAAACCAAUAAGAGCACUCCUAGCGUGACAUAAUAAAAAAAUAAUACUAUUAAGCCAGCUGCCAAAAAAUAAUCUACAUACACUCUCAAUAAAGAUAAGACUAGUGAUAAGCUAUAGAGAAUCUCCAGUGCUGAUAUUAAUCCAAAGAAUGCAAGUACAAAGACCAAAGGAAAGUUCUCUGAUGAUAAGUCCUCUAAAAGUUCAAGUUCCUCAGGCUUUGGAAAAGAAAAAAGAUUUAUAACUUGA